AAAUGAUUAAAAGGUAGAUUCCUGUCUCCUCUCAGUGUUUGAGAAAGCACGGGGAAAAUCUGCAGCUGUAAUUAGAAACAAUAUCAUUUGGAAUAAGUGGAUUUUCAAAAAUGGAGAAGAUUUUGGGGUUGUUUUGCCUGUUGGAGAUGGUUAAACAUGUGAUAGCCAAAACACAGCCUGGUUUAAUCGAGAGCUUGAUUCUUGCUGCUAAUUCUCGUCCCUGGCUGUGGAGUAUUUAUGUCUUCACUGUGGGACUUCCUAUGAUUCUCUUCAUCAGCUUCAUGUGGCCUGACAAGAGAUUUGGUCCUCCUGAUCAGCCCUAUUAUUAUAAGAAAUCUGAUGAAGAACAAGAAGAUGAUCCAGAACACCCUCCUCUAUCCACUAAACAUGUACCAGCCAAACAAGAUAAAGCCACAGAAACAGGAGCCAGGAAAAGAGGUGCAUAAAACCCAAAGGAAAUCCGACCUGGACCUGAAGGUCAACUGAUAAGCCCACAUUGCUAAAGAAAAAGUUUUAAAUGCAGAGCUACCAACACUUUUGUAAAUACACAAUUUAAUAAAUACUUUAUUAU